UUCGCAUCCGCUGUCAGACAAUAACAACAAGGCUGCCAGUUGAGAGCUUGGAGGUUGUACAGGAAGCCAUUUGCCAGUGCUGAAAGAAUGUUUUAGGUGGGUCAAACCUUUUUAAUUCUCAAGUGGUCAACGGGCAACGUGUUGAAGUUGGAUCUUGGUUUUGGAUGCCUGGGUUUAUUGGCAAGAAUGAAUACUGUGUUUUUCAUUUUUCAUCUAGUCAUUCUAGCAGGUCAGCUGAAAAAUGAAAGGGGAUCCUCCUCUGGCUUGUGACAGAUAUGUAGCGGAAAGAGCAUAAGAACAUCUCAGCAUAAUAACAACCUUACAGGAGAGCCAUCACAUGUUUGAAUUUGCCAAAUUUAGACCCCAAAUUCAACACAGUGUUGCCUGGGCCUCCUCCGAUGAAACACGUCUGGUCAAAACCCUCUUCACUGGCUACAAUAAGGUCGUCCGUCCUGUCAAUCACUUUAAGGACCCGGUGGUUGUUACUGUAGGCCUUCAGCUCAUCCAGCUCAUCAGUGUGGAUGAGGUCAACCAGAUCGUCAGCAGCAAUGUGCGACUGAAACAGAAAUGGAAAGAUGUGAACUUGCAGUGGAACCCAGAGGAUUACGGUGGCAUCAAAAAGAUCAGAGUUCCCUCCACUGACAUUUGGCGGCCUGAUCUGGUUCUCUACAACAAUGCUGAUGGUGACUUUGCCAUUGUUCAUGAAACCAAAGUGCUGCUGGAGUAUACAGGAAUGAUUACAUGGAACCCACCUGCCAUCUUCAAGAGCUACUGUGAAAUUAUUGUGCUGCAUUUCCCCUUUGACCUCCAGAACUGCAGUAUGAAGCUGGGUACCUGGACCUACGAUGGAAACUUGGUCGUCGUCAAUCCUGACAAUGACCGCCCUGAUCUGAGUAACUUUAUGGAAAGUGGAGAGUGGGUGAUGAAGGAUUUCCGCAGCUGGAAGCACUGGGUGUACUACGCUUGCUGUCCGGACACCCCUUACCUGGACAUCACCUACCACUUCCUCAUGCUGCGGCUCCCACUGUACUUCAUCGUCAACGUCAUCAUCCCCUGCAUGCUCUUCUCCUUCCUGACUGGCCUUGUCUUCUAUCUUCCUACAGACUCUGGUGAGAAGAUGACCCUCAGCAUCUCUGUCUUGCUGUCUCUGACUGUGUUUCUGCUGGUCAUUGUGGAGCUGAUCCCCUCUACCUCCAGCGCUGUACCACUCAUUGGGAAGUACAUGCUCUUCACCAUGGUCUUCGUCAUUGCCUCCAUCAUCAUCACUGUCAUUGUCAUCAACACCCAUCACCGCUCCCCAAGCACUCACACAAUGCCAGACUGGGUCCGCAGGGUUUUUAUUGAAACUAUUCCCAACAUCAUGUUCUUCUCAACAAUGAAACGCCCAGGAAAGGAAAAGCAGAAUAAAAGUAUCUAUGGUGCUGAUUUUGACAUCUCAGACAUCUCUGGCAACCAGACCUCCUCUAUUCCCUAUCAGUCACCCAUCAGCAAGAAUCCCGAUGUCCGCAGUGCCAUUGAAGGAGUCAAGUACAUUGCAGAAACCAUGAAAUCAGAUGAGGAAUCCAACAAUGCUGCUGAAGAGUGGAAGUUUGUGGCCAUGGUGUUGGAUCAUAUUCUGCUGUGUGUGUUUAUGGCCGUGUGUCUCAUCGGCACAUUAGGCGUGUUUGCAGGCCGCCUCAUUGAGCUGAGCAUGCUCUAAAAGACUGUGUCUAACGUUUUACCGGCUUAACUUCUCAAAUGAACAGUUUGUUGCUCAUUGUGAAACUUAUAACCUUUGCAGCCCUGCAGCAUUCACAGUCUAUGCUGCAUGUGGUCUCUGUUUUUUUUGCUUUUUGGUGUUUGAAGAAUGGUCCCAUUUGUGUAUGUACAAGAUCACGUUAUAUGCAGUAUCUUCAGCAUAUUUUAUCACAGAGCAGAGUUGUUGUUGUUUUUUUUUUAGGGAAUAUACUGUAUGUGCAUUUGAAAAGGAAUCUAAUAUUUUGGAAUAUUGUUUUCCUUGACAUGUUAAUAGGGAACAACUGAAUAAAAUGGGUUUUGAGAGACCA